AUGAAUAUCCCGGAGUCAACAUACCACAGCAAUAGCUCCAUGAUACUGGACUCUCUGGAUGCGGGUUUGAUUGCACAUAUCUGUCGGUAUCUUUCGGAGAGAGAUAUGCGAAGUUUCCUGCAGAGUCUCAGCAGUGGAGUGGAGCGACUUUUCAGCUCACCAAAUUACUCAAAGUAUCUCUUUUUGAGCAAAUAUGCACCUAAAGAGUUGAUGUAUGACCCAAGCGAUACUACCGUGGGUAAGAUGUUUGACCAGGUAUGGACAAAGUCCAUGAGGGAUAACUGGAUAUUGGGCCAGACUAUCACCUAUGACACCCGGUCUUAUUCUAAUUACGUUGGAGCAUGUGGGGUUCUUGAAACUGACGAGAUUUCACACAUGCAUGACUGUUACUGGUUUCCUUCCAUGCUCAAAGUGACUUUUCAGAAAUAUGGCGAUGGACCUCUGUUUCUGAAUCCCAAUGGUGAACUCCUAAUAGCAGUCAAAGAAGACGCUUUUUCGCUAUUCCUCAAACUAGGAGUGAACGGGUGGAGGGUGCACCAUGAAAAUGGAGAUAAUAACAACGAAUUUCUUAUUUUUCCGACGAUACCGCUCGUGCCAAGGCCGUUGGUACAGGAUGUCAACUUCUUCCCGAUAGAAAGCCCGAACGACUCAGCAAUGAUGAUAAUAUUUCUAAAGCACUCAGUUCCAGGUGAGCGCUUUGUGGACGUAUGUACAAGAAAAGGCUACUUUAUUGCUUUAGAUUCUAGAGGGGAGAUGUGGGUAAAUGCCUACGAUAGCUUGCUUGCUCCAUUGGUGCGGCUCAGGUAUGAUUUUGCUAUUUCUUCCUGCAUGCCUUUGAAGACGGAUACACAAAUUUCCAAAGUCACAUCGAUAGCCAUGGGAAGUACAUUUAUAUACUGCGUGGCCGUUGAGAAUAAAGGAUUUUUGUUCUUUCGUAAUGGGCUCAAGCUGCAUCACGAAACUUUCAUCCCCAAUCUGAGCAGUUCAGACAUGAGACCUCUCUUCAUCAGCUUCCAGAGCUUGGUUCUCAACUCAGAAAAAGACAUUGUGGACUGGAAAUUUGAAGAAUCUACUUUGUUCUAUAUUGACCGGCAGUCAUUUUUAUUCAUUGUGCCCAUUACAUUGGGAGUCACGUACUCCUCAAUGGUUUACCAGAGUGAAGAACCAAACAUCAUCCCAAUUAGAGAUGUCUCGACCUUCAAGAAGCUCAGAUGCCAUCGGGAUUUUGUUGUGAUUGAGUAUGAUGAUCGCCUAUGUAUAAUUGACCAUGAUGAAGGCACAUGGAGUGCUGGAAUCGAAAUUCCGCUAAGUUUGGGGACUCAAAUCAAGGACAUAACAAUCGGGACAUGCUCUACAUGCCAUAACCAUUCCUUCAGCUACCUGGUCUUCUUGAUUCUUGAAAAUGGCCUCUUGAUAAAGAUACAUGUCGUCAAAAGAGAGCACGUGGAAUACACGAUUCUGUGCCGACUCGCAGAGCGUGGAACUGAAUGGAGACCUUUUCAACCUGGCAACCUUCCCUCGAACGCCAACUACCUCUCUAACAUCGUGACACUAACGGAGAAUGGUAUUGUACAGCAAGUUAAAUAUUGA